GUGGUUUUUGUUUGUCUGUUUGUUUGUUUUCUUAUUGUUGCUAACUGUUUUGUCAAAAUGUAGUUAGAAAUAAGUAUUGUAGUUAUUGAUUUAUUUAGUGAAGAUAAAUAAAAAAUAAUAGAUCCAACGUUAUUCCUUCUUGAUUAUGAUUCUAAACGGAUUACUAGUAAAUAUGAUAACAGAAAUUUGAACUUAAUUGGUAGUUAAAUCACACCAACAAAUAACUUGAGUAACGUGUGAAUUCUUUGACGUUCGGAGGAAAUGUAAAUUGCUGUAAAAUUUCGAAAUCAUGAUGUUUAUCAGAUAAGAAUCAUUUAAAUGAUAUUGGACAUGCUGUAUGUUUUUUCUUCAACUAGAUUACCCGGUUCUCUUUGAAUCAAUUCAUUCGUUCUUUCAUUGUGUUUCAAAAUAAAUACAUCAUAAGUUGAUGAGAAAAUAAAAAAAUUAUUUUCUAUGUUAAGUAGAGUUGGAUAGCUGCUAGGAAGGGAAUACAAUACUCUCUUUUCAUCCUACUCGGUAUCCGUCAGCCGAAUGUAUCUGCACCCCACUGUGAAUGUUUACACCCAAACUGAAAUGCAAUACUUUUCACUACAAACGCUCAACGAGUUAUCCACUCAUCUAUGAAGUUCACAAGAACAACAUAUCUACAAUUGAAGAACAUCUCGAAAUCAAAACAACUGUCAAUCAACACCAAACUCACAAUUCUCAAUACAAAUGUCAAAACAGUUACACUGCAUAGGGAGAAAACUUGAAAAACUACCACAACCAUCAUCAACAACACACAAGUGUUUAUUAACAGCUGUCUAUGUAAAAUACUUCCGAUCCGUUGACCGGACACUACACUAUCAACAACAACCUACUGUGGGAGAGAACAAACCAGAUUGCAGAGGAGGAAGAAUUCAGGAAGAAGCGUUGGAAGUGGAUAGGACUCACAUUGAUGAAAGCAUCCAACUGCAUCACAAAACAAGCACUCACUUGGACUGUUCAUGGCCGAAGAGGAGGAAGAGGAAGUUCAAACAACACAUCACGCAGAGAAAUGCAGACGGAUAUGAGAAGAAUGAACAAGAAUUGGAGAGAACUAGAGAGGCAGACUGA